AUGGUCUAUAUGCCUCCAAGUCAACUCCUAAGCGAGUGGUUCUCAUACACAUCCGAGAUGCAGAAAAGGCAGGAACCGGCACCAAGGGCCUGGGUUUGCGUGAUGCAUUGGUGGUUGACUCUAUUGAAGACAAAGGAAGCCACGCAUCAAGUCAUAACUUUGAAAGAAAACACGACCCAGCUACCAGUACCUCGGUUCCAUCUGAGAGAUUUCUUUAUUGUCAAGAAGCCAUCUGUCCAAUUCGCACUAGUUCAGUUUGCGAAGCGAAAGCCUAGACAAAGCUUGGCAAUUGUUGGUGGUGAUGUUCGCGCCAGACUUUUGAAAGCUUCUUUGAGGGAGGGCUGA